AGAGUCCCGAGGGAAAGGAAAGAGGUGGGAGGGGAGAUUGAGACCUCGGAGGCCCCCUUACCUCCGGCCUCCCGGGCCACGACCUAGUCGAGCCCCGAAGCCUUCACGGCUCACAGCAGCCUCUGCCGAAGCCGACCCCGGCCCCAAUCAGCCAGAGGCACCAUCCCCAGCCCCCACCGGCAGCGGCGCCAGGACCGCUACCACCCCGGCCUCCCCUAGGGCGCAAGCGUGGGAAGCCGGUGGCCCGCCCCCCUUUCCUUUUCCCGAGGUGCUCUGGGAGCUGAAGUUUUAGGAGGAGACGGAAGUCACUGAGGAGUCCCCGGAGAGGGCACGUGGUACGCCAGCCAAUUGGCAGUUCUGUUACUCAGGCCCUUGGCCCUCGUUUCGGCCUAUGGAUUCACAAUUGGCCUCCCGCAAUGGCUGUUGGGAAGCCAUGGCUAUGGCGCCGCCGAUGAGGUACUGCGUCCCAGGCGAACGAUUGUGUAAUGUGGAGGAGGCCAGCCCCGGCAGCGGCACUUACACCCGACACGGCUACAUCUUCUCCUCGCUUUCCGGCUGCCUGGUGAAGACGAGCGACAACGGCGAGCUCCCGGUGGUGUCAGUGACGAGAGAGACCGAGUCCCAGCUGCUGCCAGAUGUGGGAACGAUCGUAACCUGCAAGGUCUCCAGCAUUAAUUCUCGAUUUGCCAAAGUACAUAUCUUGUAUGUGGGAUCCACACCACUCAAGAACUCUUUUAGAGGAACUAUCAGGAAGGAAGAUGUUCGAGCUACUGAAAAAGACAAGGUUGAAAUAUAUAAGAGUUUCCGCCCAGGUGACAUCGUGCUUGCUAAAGUGAUUUCCCUAGGUGAUGCACAGUCCAACUACCUGUUGACAACUGCAGAAAAUGAGCUGGGAGUGGUGGUGGCCCACAGUGAAUCAGGUGUCCAGAUGGUACCCAUCAGCUGGUGUGAAAUGCAGUGCCCUAGGACACACACCAAAGAAUUCCGCAAAGUAGCACGAGUACAGCCUGAGUUCCUGCAGACAUAGGUAGCUAUGUCCUUUCCCCAUAUUGGGGGUGUCUGUUUCCUAUCUACAUAUGAUCGAAACAAAAAGACCUUGGGCUUAUCAGAAACCACAUUUGGAAAUAACUGUCUGAAGCUUCCACUGUAUGUGGAGGAUUAUUCCUGAGCCUUUUACCACAAAUCCCACGGAUAAAAUUUUCUCUCCCCUUUGAGAUGCCAGCAAAAGAAAAUUAUCUGAUGUAGGAAGAAGCCAACAAAGUGAUUUCCCAUUCCUUUUCUACUCCUCUGAUAAUGCUGUAAACGUGGCUCGUUUGUUUUCCUUUAGACAAAUAAAGCAUUUUUACGAAAAGACUUUUCUGAUCUCCGGAGUCCUAGGAGGUUUUCAACCUCCAGUUGAGGAGUUUAGAUUUAUUUGGUAGAAAGUAGGGAAUCAUUUAAUGUUUAUGAGGCAGUGGGUAACAAAUUAACCUAGCUAGGGAUUCACUGGACAAGGUAGGAAGUCAAGAACCAUUAGAAGGCUAUUGGCAGUAGUGCUAGUAACUAGUGCUCUCCUCAAUAAAGACUGUGACAGUGGAAAUGGACAGUACUAAACAAACACAAGUUUCUUUUUUUCUAGAUUCCAUAAAAUGACAGUUCCAUUUGCAUCCUCCUCGGGGUUUCAUUGCAUAAUUCUCAUGAUUAUUUCAUCCAUUACAUCUUUGGUUGGCGACAUUGGAAUGUCCUAUGGAGAGGCAUCUUGACGUCAUUGGUAAACUGGCUCCAGUCUAUCCUUCACCUAGCCUUCAAAGCCAUCUCCCUAAAGCAUAGGUGUGAUCAUGUCAUCCCCUGCAGAUCAAAUACAAAAUUCUGUUGGGUGUUCAAUGCCCAUAACUUUUUCCUACCUCUCCUGCACCCCACCUCUAACACCCUUCUAGUCUUACAAUUUACACCCCUCCAAAUACUCUUCAAUCCAGUGACAUUUGCUGCUUUUCUAUUCCUCCAGCAGUAUACUUUUACCUACCAAACUCAAUGCAUUUUCACUGGUGGGACCCCGUGCUUAGAAUCCUCUUCUCCAUCUCCUCUUUACCUUGUGCGUGGUUGUGGUUUGUCCUUCAUUCUCAUGACAUCAGGGAAAUGAUGACUUGAAGUUGACUUUGAUUUGAGUGAUGGAGGGCUGUGCAAGGUCACCAGCCUUAGUUUCUCCUCUGGAGCCAUCUGGGUCCAGUGGCCAGAUACUCAUCAGGACAACUGAAGGUAGCCCAGUGUGCAGUGGGAGACCUUGGCCCUUUCAAGCUGGGGUCUUUUCAAGUUCUCACUUUGAGUGAGGCAAUACCCAGCUAAAAUCCCACCUCCUACUGGAAACCUUUCCAACUUUUUAAUUCCAGUGUCCUACUUCUGUUGAUUAUUUCAACUUUAUCCUUGACAUUCCUUGUUUGUACAAGAUACAGUUGUUUGCAUGUUGGCUCCUCAAGAGCAGAGCUGUUUUCUACCUUUCUUUGUAUCUCCAGUGCUUUUAGUGCCUGUAAUAAAUGUUGCUUGA